AUGUCCACCGAAAUGGAGGAUCCGCACGAGAGCUACACCUUCCUGUCGAUUUCCUCAUCGCACCUGAUCUUCAUGCAGCUGUCUUCGUUCCUCCCGCUAAAGAACAAGCGCUUCACUCAUCCCUUAAGCCUUUUGCUUCAGCUCUGGGGCCACUUCGUCGUCUUCGCGAGCAACGUGUUUUGGACGGGAUACGGGAUCCACAUGGUGAUGCAUGGCGAGGUAGAGGUCGACUUCAUCUGCGAGGAGAUAGUCGUGCUGGACUUCACUGCGCGGUACAUUCUGCUGAUCGUUAAUCGCGAGCAGCUCUGUUGCCUCGUCAAGUCCUGCGGGAGGCUUUGUAGCUACCUCGAAGCCGGUGAGGAUAUCUUCGUGCGUCAGUUCGAGCGUAAAGUUUACUACUUCCGGAACUUCGUUAUCAUCAACUCCCUUUUGGUGUCGACUGUAUUCGACGUGACGGCGUAUUUCACCAGGCUACCGGCCUUAGAAGCCAAUGGCACCGAGAGGAGGAUGCUUCCCGCCAGGUUCUUCAUGGACGUUCAAGAGCAACCGGCAUACGUUGUGACGUUCGUGAUGCAAGUCAUCCUCGACUAUUACUUGGACUUUCUCAUCGCUAGCACAGGGGCAGCGCCGUUUUAUCUCAUUAUGAUGGCUUGUGGAUAUCUGCGCUCACUUCGGAACCGAUUGUUGAACUUCAAAGGAGGCGACUAUGAUACGAGCGAACAGGGGGAAGCUGCGUUGGAUACGGUUAUCGGCUGCGCGCAUUUCCAUCAGCAGAUGAUGAUAUUCUGCAAGAACAUAGAACGAAUGACGCAGACGCUCUUCCUCUUCGCCUGUUUCUGCCCCAUCUACAACGUGUCCAUCACGGGUAUCGCGAUUCUCAACAGCGACGAGGACAUUUUGAAAUUCACACCGCUCUUGGUCUACAAUUUCAUUCAAUUCUUCAUCUGUCAGUGGGCCUCGGAAUACCUAGCUGAAGAAAGCGAAGCUAUCGCAGAAGCCGCUUACUUCGCAAGCUUACAACCGCAGGUGCCGAGUCACCGGGAAAGGAUUAAUCGAAUACUGUACUUCAUGAUGAUGAGAGCCCAGAAACCGGUGCAACUGACAGCUGGUGGACUGGUUAACUUGUCGAUCCAGACUUUUGGAGCGAUGACGAAGAGUGCGUUUUCCUUCUUUAUGGUCCUGAGAGAUUAG